AUGGCGGACGCCCAAUUUGAUAGUGCGCUCGACCUCCUCCGGCGCCUGAACCCCCGUGACACAAAGCAGAACCUCCAGGCAAUUACCUCUAUUGUGCCCGACCUUACCGAAGACCUUCUAUCAUCCGUCGACCAGCCGCUCGAGAUCCGUCGAUGUCCCAAGACAAAGCGCGACUACUUACUCUGCGACUAUAACCGCGACGGCGACAGCUACAGAUCCCCCUGGAGCAAUGAGUUUGAUCCUCCUCUUGACGAUGGCACAGUACCGAGCGAGCGAGUGAGAAGGCUGGAAGUUGCCGCAAAUGAGGCGUUUGAUGUCUAUCGCGAGCUGUACUACGAGGGCGGUGUUGGGAGUGUGUACUUCUGGGAUCUGGACGAUGGGUUUGCAGGUGUUAUACUUCUGAAAAAGGGCGUGUCCCCAGGCGGAAAGCACUCUGGUGAAUGGGAUAGCAUUCACGUCUUCGAGGCGACUGACCGAGGACGAAUGGCCCACUAUAAGCUCACUAGCACUGUAAUACUUCAUCUGUCCAAUGAGAACGAGGCUCUUGGCGAGAUGGAUCUGAGCGGGAACAUGACCCGGCAGAUCGAGGUCGAUAUGAAUGUUGAUUCGGACGCAAGCCAUGUCGCCAAUGUCGGAAAGCUUGUGGAAGAUAUGGAGUUGAAGAUGAGGAACUUGCUGCAGGAGGUCUACUUCGGUAAAGCAAAGGACGUAGUUGGCGAGCUGAGGAGCAUUGGACCGCUUUCGGAAACCAACAGGGACAGAGCCACCCACCAGGAAAUGAUUCGUGGACUGCAGCGGUAG